GUCAUAAAUCACCAAGUGGGGGGUCUGGUCAUAAAUCACCAGGUGAGGUCAGCCAAUCAGAACAGUAGUUGUUAUCUCAGCUGAUAAGGCUUUUAUGGACUUGAGACUUAUGUGCAUGCAAUAAUUUAGUUUAAUUAGUAGAGUUUGUGUUACCUGCAGCAGUGCAAGUGGAGCUGGAUCUAAAUUAAAACUGAAACAUGCAGACGCCAGUCAAAUCACCAGUUGGUGAAAUAAGACAGACAUUUUGGACAAGAUCACCAAGUCCAUCUAGACCAACAGUAACUUCUCAAAAUCAAACUGCAACACCACAGAAGUCCUUUUGGACUAGGUCUCCAAGCCCUACUAGGCCAGGAGUAGUAGAGCAUUCCACACCAGGACUUCCAAAGACACCAAAAAAGUCUUUUUGGAAUAGAGCACCAAGUCCCACAAAUACACCAAAAAGAAGACCCAAAGAGGAGUUAGAUUUGCCAGUUAAAAAGGCACAAAGAACUGUUGACAGUUUUACCAUUUUUAAAGACAGUGUAAAAAAAGUAGAAAUUUGUACAAGAUCAGACAAUGAGGAUGCCAUAGCAGCAAAAUGUAUUGCUAAAUAUGGACUUGAGUUAUAUCUUUGUGCUUCAAAUGCAGUUAAGCAUGUACCAAUAAUGUUCAAAGAUAGGAUGAAAUACAUUUCAAAUAUAAUAAGAGAGGUGAAUGGGCAGAUGAAAGACAGUGAAAUUAUUGACUUAAUUAAUGCUGUCAACUGCAUUAAAUCAGACAUGAGUGUCGGGGGAGAAAAUUUCAAGAAUGUCCUGUGGAGGACCUCGUUCAAACACAAAGAGCCUUACUUGAACUUUCUUGUGCCACAAGUGUCCCAGUGUUUAGUGAAUGAGUGUGGUGGAAACCUCUAUCCUGCAUACAUUUCAAAUGUGACCCUGUAUAAGUUGACCGGUCCUGAGCCUGGAUUAAAGUGUAUAUUGCGUUGCAGGUCAUGUUCAUCACGUUACAAUAUUGAUUUCUAUACUAUUCCCAACAUUGGAAGGAAGUUGUACACAGGAGACAAGAGAUGUCAUCUGAAGAGUUCUUCCUCAUGGUCAUACUUUUGUCAAGAUACAUUUGAGUUUAUGUGUGAAUCUGGAAACCAUGCAUUUGUGUCACAUAAGGCAUUCGCAGACAUUUACAACAGUGUUUUCAAUGAAGAAAGAGACCAUGAAUUUUACAAGUGGCAGAACUUGUAUUCUAAAGGGCCUGGUCGCAAUGAUGUGGCUACUGAAUCAGAUGACCAAGACUUCCUGUAUAGCUGUAUGUCUGGGAAGAUGGCCAUUAAUGCCUUCAUCACAGGAGAACUGGAAAAUGAAUUGGUUGAGAGAAAUCUAACUGAAAAAGUUACACUAACAAAGACUCAUACAAAAGAAAUGGUUUUAAAAGAGAUAGAUGAUCUGCGUGUGAAGGAGUUGUACCAGCAUGAAUGUUCAAAUUUGUGUGAAAGUAAAGGUUGCAAAAACUUGCGAGUUAUUGAUGCCUGCUGGAAAUUGAACAUGUUCCAUUGUAUGAUGGCAGUCCCACAAAAAGCUGAUGGCUAUCCACUGUUGUCUCUUCCUAAUGUAUGUAUCAGAGAACCCAUGCCAGGAUCAGUAUUUUGCAGAGAUCACCAUGAACUUCUAACCAGACAUAAUAUUCCAGUGAAGAAAGACAACUUUCUUAAACAUGUUGGCUGUACAGCUACAGAUACCAACAAGGCAGUUGAGGAAAAGGUAUUGCACUUUGCAAAUGACCUUUUAUCAAAAGAUCCCACAGCUGAUGUAGGCUUAGCGGCUGUAGAGUAUCAAGUGAGACGUCUACAGCUAUGGCCAGUUCUUGAUGACACAAAGUCAGUAGAUUAUUUUUCAAUGACAACAAAUGACAAAGUUCUUAAUUUACAGUUCUAA